AUGGCUGAAGGAGGCAUUAGUAGCAGCGCCGAUCGUAUGGUGGGCGCUGACCACGCUGAAGUUCGCUACUUCACUAGCUACGAUCAUCAUGGCAUUCAUGAGGAGAUGCUGAAAGACGAUGUCCGUACUCGGUCCUACCGUGAUGCCAUCUACCAGAACAAGCACAUCUUCAAGGACAAGGUCGUCCUUGAUGUCGGAUGUGGUACCGGCAUUCUCAGCAUGUUCGCCGUCCGUGCCGGCGCAAAACACGUUAUUGGUGUCGACAUGUCUUCUAUCAUCGAAAAGGCUCGUGAAAUCGUUGCCGUGAACGGUAUGGCCGAUAAGAUCACUCUCCUGCAGGGAAAGAUGGAAGAGGUGAAUCUUCCUUUCCCCCAGGUUGACAUUAUUGUGUCCGAGUGGAUGGGAUAUUUCCUUCUCUACGAGAGCAUGCUGGACACCGUUCUCUAUGCCCGUGAUAGAUACCUUGCUCCGGGGGGAAAGAUCUUCCCUGAUCAGGCUACCAUCUACGUUGCUGGUAUUGAAGACGGCGAGUACAAGGACGAUAAGAUCGGAUUCUGGGACAACGUUUAUGGCUUCAACUACAGCCCCAUGAAAGAUGUUGCCCUGACCGAGCCCCUCGUCGACACCGUUGAAAUGAAGGCUGUUGUCACGGACCCCUGCGCCGUGCUCACCUUGGAUCUGUACACAGUCACACCCGCAGACUUGUCCUUCAAAGUCCCAUACUCGCUUCCCGUUAAGCGUAAUGACUUCAUCCAUGCCAUCAUCGCCUGGUUCGAUAUCCAAUUCACCGCGUGCCACAAGCCCAUCACUUUCUCUACUGGUCCUCACGCCAAGUACACCCACUGGAAGCAAACCGUCUUCUAUUUGCGGGAUGUCUUGACUGUUGAGGAAGAGGAGGCAGUCAGCGGAGUCCUCGAAAACAAGCCGAACGCAAAGAACAAGCGUGAUCUUGAUAUCAAGCUCUCUUACACUUUGGAGACACGGGAUCCGAUCCGUUACGCUCAAGGCGAGUGCGAGUACAAGAUGUGCUAA